AUGAUGGAAGAUGUGAAGGUGUUUGGUUUGUGGGCAAGUCCAUUUACCCAAAGGGUUGUUUGGGCACUGAAAUUGAAGGGUGUGAAUUAUGAGUACAUUGGUGAAGAUCUUUUCAACAAGAGCAACCUCUUACUGCAAUACAAUCCAGUGUACAAGAAGGUUCCAGUACUUGUGCAUGAUGGAAAACCAAUAGCAGAGUCAAUGGUGAUUCUUCAAUACAUUGAUGAGACAUGGCCUCAGACCCCUCUAUUGCCCCAAGAUGCUUACCAGCGUGCUAAUGUUCUUUUCUGGUCAAAAUUCAUCGAUGAAAAGACAGUAGACAUGAUGAAGUUUUUUAGAUAUGAUGGAGAAGAACAAGAAAAGGCAAUGAAAGAGAAUUGGGAAAGUUUGAGAGUGAUGGAGAAGGAAAGUGGGCUAAGUGAGAAGAAAUUCAUUGGUGGCAACAGAAUUGGAUUGGCAGAUCUUGCCUUGGGAUGGGUUGCACACACUUUGGAAGCCAUGGGAGAUGUGAUUGGAGUGAAGUUCAUAACCCCUGAUGCAUUUCCUCACCUUCACUCUUGGAUGGGGAAUUUCUUGGAAAUUCCUGCCAUAAAAAACAAUCUUCCACCUCAUGAACAUGCAGUUGAGUACUUCACAGAGAAGAGAAAGAUGUUUCUUGCAAUGAAUUAUCACCAUCAUCACCACUAG